AUGGGAGGCAGCGGCCAGCGCAAGGGGCGCGUUCUGCUAGACACAGGAGUGAGGCUCGGGCUGUCCGCGCCGCCGCUCAGCUCGGGGCCGAGCAUGGCGGCGGUGAACAUGUCGUUCUACCGCUGGGAGAGCGUCACGCCGCCUCCCGUCGUCGACUGGCGCAACUCCGUGGCCAUCACGCCCAUCCAGACGCAAUAUGUGCCCGCCGCUUCGUUUCCUCACACCCCUCCGCAGUGCUCAAGCUGCUGGGCGAUCGCGGCCGUCGAUUCCAUCGCCAUAAUGUGGGCGAUUGCCAACAACGGCGUCGGGACGAAUCUGUCGCCGCAGCAGGUGUGCGACUGCGCGACGAAGCAGUGCUGCCAGGGCGGGUGGCCCGAGUGGGCCUUCUCCUACGUGCUCUUCAACGGCGGCAUCACGUCCAACGCCAGCUAUCCCUACCUCGCCUACGAUUCCGCCACGUGUCUGCUCGACACAUCCGUGCCGUCCGUGGCGCAGAUCACGGGGUGGGAGCUGGUGCCGGCAUUCAACGCCAUGGCGCUCAUGAAGGCCGUCAGCAUGCAGCCCGUCGUCGCCUUCAUCAGCGCCUCCGCCGCCGACUUCACCUUUCGCGACUCCCCGCGGUUCCCCGUGCCUAUGGACGUGCAGGCGUAUGCAAGCCGCGACGAGCUCAACAUUUACAACGGGCUGUGCACGACGGACGUGAACCACGCGGUGGUGGUGGUGGGCUUUAACUACACGGGGCCGGACCUCAUAGGCAGCUACUGGAUCAUCAAGAACUCGUGGCUGCCCACGUGGGGCGACCGCGGCUACAUGUACCUCGCCAUGACGCCCGACGUGCGCGGGAAAUGCGGCAUCUUAUUAACCCCCGCCAUGUACCCCGUUUACUUCCCAUCCGGGAUGCAGCCGGCGCGCUUUGCGUCCGACAAGCGCGGCAAGUGGAAAAUCGACAAGGAGGACGACCUCUCGUCGUCGCUCUUCUCAUCCACCCUCUCGCUUUCAACCUCCACCACAACGACAACUACGACGACCACCACCACCACGACUACUUCAUCAACUGACUUCGCCAUCGCAGCUAUUACGGAUCCCACGACCUCCGACUCUUCCUCGUUGCUCACUGGUUCAACCACUGAUUCGUCUGCGGUCAAGACGACAACGUCGAGUGCGACGUGCGCGGAGAUGAUCAACCCGUGCGGCGGGGGCAGUUGCUACAUGAGCGGCGGAGUUCCGCGGUGCAACUGCGGCGCGCUGACGAAUAUGGUUGAGAUGCUGGGAGUGCCCACGUCCAAGUGCGUGCCGCGAAGUCCCUGCACGACGGCUCCGGUUAAUCCCUGCGGCGGAGGAACGUGCACGGAUGUGGGCGACGGGACGUACACGUGCUUGUGCACUGCGGGUUACGCCAUCGGCGCUGCUGUCGACGGUUCGCCAACGUGCAUGCCUAUUGCUGGACUCGCGAAAUCUUAUGUUACCACGCCUGGCGACGACUGCACGUUUGUCGCAACAGCUUUCGGCAUUUCGACCACCACACUGACAAACCUGAACACUUUCAUUAACUGCUCCGUUACAGAAUACCUCCCUCCCGGAAUCUCACUUACAGUCUCUGCCGCACUUACUUCCUUAUCCUCAUAUUGCACCGCCACAUACACCAUCCGAUCUUCCGACACUUGCACUUCUGUAGCAAACACUUUCUUCAACGGUUCACUCACUUCCCUUAUGGCAAGCAACCCUGGCUUAUCGUGCAAGCGCUUGUUCAAGUCGGAGCAAAUCUGCCUUCAGAUGGUUACCGCAUCGGCAACAUCGUCGGCUGCGCAGUGUGGUCAAAGCGUCGCCGUGGUCAUGGGAGAGACUUGCGCAUCGGUUGCCAUUAAAUUUUCUGUUGACAGCACAACAUUUACCUCGCUCAACCCAGGCGUCAACUGCAACAGCAAUCUUCCCGUGGGCUCCUUCGUCUGUGUGGCGCCAAAAUCGACUACGACAACCAUCAACUGCACGGGGUGGUACCGGGUGAUGCAGGGCGACACAUGCCCCUCCAUCUGGAAUGCAGCCAACCUCACCAUGUCCAUGUUCCUCUCCAUCAACCCCGGCAUUCAGUGCCAGGCGCCCUACCUGGUGGUGGGCCAGCAGGUCUGCAUCGACUCACCCCUCCUCACCACCAUGCAGCGAAACCCAAACGCCAACUACUCCAUCUACACCGUCCGUGCCGGCGACACCCUCUCCACCAUCUCCACACAGUACCUUCGUCGCUGCACGCCUCUCUCCGUAUCCCCCGCGUCCAUCGCCGCUCAGAACUUCAUUGCCAACCUCUCUGCACCGCUCACCAUCGGCAUGAACAUCAUCAUCCCCUGUAUUGGCGGCAUCGGUAUGAUUGACGGCGGCUGUGCGACGUCGCUCUCCGUGUGUGGAGCGGAUUUUGUCACGUACCCGUCAUACUGUCACGCAACGGUCAACUAUGCCCUCCCCAUUAUCCAGAAUGGCCCGUGCGACGCCUGUGCGAGUUCCUGCACUGGCCGCAUGGGUCUGGCCCCUUCGUCCGGUUCCCCCUGCACCCAAGCCAUCUGCCCGUACCCAACCUGGUUUUCAGGAACAGAGUGCACGUUAGCAGACGUCAACACUACUACAGGACCUUGCUGUGCGUACCGAAGAAUUCAAUGCGACAAACAGUGCAACCUAACAGCAGAGACUGCAGGCGGCGAUGCCACGAAGAAAACGGCAACCUACAAUGCGUGCAUGGGCAAUUGCAUGUGCUGCGGUAUGUUCCCGUGCGGAGGGUCAUGGACGUGCAGCACGUGGAACAACGCCUGCUAUAAGGCCACACCACGCUCUUGCACGUACAACAUUGCAACUGGGUACACGUUCAUAUGCAGCUACUACCCUGGUGCAGUUCCCUUGCCUUAA